GAACAGGUGAGUGACAUGGAAGGCCGCCAACGGAAUGACAUCAAGGCCUAGUACGAGAACUGCGGUAAGGCUUGUUUGCGCAUGUUCUCAUGGGACAAGGUCGCCACGUUGGCCGGCCAUGCCGCAAGCCCUUUUGGCGGUUGCUUGGACCAACAGGCGGUUCUUGCAGUCGGCUCAAGUCAAGGAUAGAUCCUCCCGACGUGCUCCAACUGCCUCGAGGGCGGGGACGGCCAUCGCUGUGUCUUUUGACGGUGAUUCUUUAAGAAAACAUCUUGAGUCCCAGCUGCAAGUACAAGAUCCCAAUCCCGACAAGGUCUAUGAACUCCUGGAGCACUUGGCUUCCCACGAGCCAAAGAUGUUGCGCGAUCUCAGUCCCUUCCAAUGGAGGACUAUAGUUCUAACCCUAGGACGCUCUAAUUCACCAGAGGUUUCUGCCAAGCGGGUGGUGAAGAUGAUUCUGUGGAAGCAAAAAGCAGACGUUCCAGUGAAUCAGCUCGACGUGCAUAUACUGGCACAGGCGAGCGCAUUUCAGCGGCGGACGGCGGAAGAGGCAGAGGCUUUCUUGGUGGAUGUGAAAGAGCUAUUGCAUAUAGAUGCAGAUUGCAAAACGUACGCGAUGCUGGCGCGGGGCCUCUUCCAGUCUGGUCAUUUUGAAGAGGUCUCUCGACUGGUUGCGAAUCGCAUGGCACAAAAGGGAGAUGCGAACUGGAAGCGCGACAUGUGCUUGACGGUAGUUGCAGAACUAUUGAGAGAGUCUAGCAUGCUGGGCAAGACAAAAAAGCGCGCAGAGAUGUCGGACAGCGAACUGAAAAAAUGUGAGGAGCAGCUUCAAAUGGUUGUCAGGAGCAUCCUGGAUGCCAUGCGCCAACAUUUAGGUCCCAAUAGUAUUACCACCUGGGAAUAUAACAGGGUCAUCAGUGUGAGCAGAUCGUCCGUGCGCACUCUUGCCGAUGCAAAAGUGAUCCUCGAGCAAAUGGAGCAAGAAGGGUACCGCCCAAACAUUGGAACGUAUAAUUUUCUGUUGGAUCAUUUGAUGUAUCAUGAAAACCCCACUGAUGCGAACGAACUGCUGAACGAGGUUGAGCUUAAAGGUGUUAAGCCACACCUCGAUACUUGGCGAAUCAUGAUUGCUGGAUACAUUCGUCUCGGACGUGUCCAUGCAGCGAUAACCAUGUACAGGAAAGUGGGCGACACGGACUAUAAACUUCGACAAAAGCUUCUCAGUCAGGAUCCUAUGCUUGCUCAGAAGCUCUUGGCCGUUGUCAGCAAGGAGGGAGGCCUGACAGUACCAGCAUCCAUGCUUGCCAAGGAUAUUUGCCGGGCGGGAUUGGUCCCAGCAAAAAAAUCGAUUACACUCAUUAUGCGAAAACUUUUAGGACAGGAUGAAAUCUCUUGCGCAUUGUCCCUGUACUCGGCCGUGAGAAGUCUCGUGACUCCGACAAAACGCGAAGCAUCGGCCGCAGAAAAUGAACCAUUCUUUGACACACCUCUUUACAAUUAUUUGAUAUCUUCUCUGCUUUCAGUGCGAAACGAGCACGAGGCUCUUAAACUUUUCGACGACAUGGAAAUAAUGGGGUGUCCUCCUGAUGUUAUCACAUUCACAAUUCUUAUCAACUGGUUUGCAAAAGAGGGGGACUCUGCGCGUGUUGCAACUAUGCUUGAGGAAAUGAGUCGGCGAGGAAUCAAGAGGGAUGUCGUUCUUUACAGUACCAUUCUUGGCGUCAUGAUAAAAAACGGACGGCUCGGUACAGCAAGAAACAUCGUCCAAGAAAUGCGAGAGGUUGGAAUAGAACCUAACGAAUACACUUACAACAUCUUUAUGAAUGGACUAUUACGAGCGGGUCUUGAUGAUCAGGCAGAGAAACUUUGGGAAGAUAUGAAAGCAAAAGGAGUGGCUACAUCCUGUGUUGGGGAUGGCACGCUCCUGAAUGGGUUAUUGAAGAAUGGGAAGCUAGAAAGGGCCAUGGUGAUCUGGGAACACAUUCAAGCCGGACAAGGGCUUAUGCCACCCGAUGCAAUGGUGUAUCGCGCGGCAGUAGACCUCUAUUGCGUCCGUGGAGAUUUGGAAACAGCGGAACGCGUGAUGCGGCAGUCUGCAGAUUGCAGAGGUGCAUUAACAGCCGAAGUUUACAACACGAUGAUCGUUGCGUAUCUUAAACACGGUCGUGAGGAGGAUGCCCGACGAUUAGUGGACGAAAUGAAGGCUAAGGGGUCUGGUUUGGUGGAUGAGAUCACAUAUUCUAUCCUUGUACACCACGCCUUGCGAAAUGGCGAUCUGAGAGGAGCAACGAAGGCGCUUGAAGACGCUUUACAAAUUUUCAAGCGGCGGAUAGAUCCAUCAAUAUACACGCCUGUCGUAACUACAAUUGCUAAGAAAACCCAAUCCCUGUCCGAAGCUCUGAGGAUUGUCGAUCUAGUCAAGUCAUACGGGAUUGCGGAGAAUGCCUUGAUGUGUGCCGCCAUUGUGGCAGCACAUACUGCUGUUCGAAGUUUUGAUGGUGCAACAGAGUACAUCCACAAAAUCCGUCGUUUAGCAAGUGAACUGGACAGCAAGUCUCACGCAAUGAACUCCAUUCUCGACUGGUACGGGAAGCAGGGCAAGUCCGAGUCGAUGGAGCGAAUAUUCAACUUGAUGUUGGAAGGCAAAUGGGGGUUGGAAGGAGCUUCUGCUCCGAAGCUGGAGCCAGAUUCGUCAACGUGGACUAUACUGAUAUGCGGCUACGGGUAUGGGAAUGAGUGGGAGAAAGCUCUGAAUAUUUGGAAGCAACAAUGGCGACCAAAGGCAAAACCCUUGCUAAAUUCUAGCGUAUUGGACACUGACCGUGCAUUUGAGGAGCAUUACGGAGUGAAAACCGCUAUGAUUUCAGUAGUUAUCGAUGCUCUCGCCUUCUCCAAUCGUCUUGACGAGAUUCACGAAGUAUGGAAUCAGCUUCGGUCUGCAAAGGUUCCAUUAGACCCGAACAAUUAUACGUCUCUGAUCGAGGCACUGGUUCGAUGUGAUAAAGUCCCAGCAGCUUGCAAAGUUGUCAUGGAAGAGAUGCCCCAGGAUGGCGUAAAUCCGACACAGAAACUCUUUAGAAACUUUUUAGGGCUAUUGUCCGUUAGGAAGGACAAGGUCAGCCGACAAACGGAGAAGGAUCUGUGGGCCUACAUCGACAGGCACUUCCCUGAGUGGACUUUUGAUUUGAAGAAUGAGUUGCCGUCGGCUGUCGUGGCGCUGAACGUCUGGUCAGAGAUGGUGGAGCGAGCCAAGGCGAAGAGGGAAGGAGAAGUACCCGCAAACAUGAGUAUCUAGCGCAGUGCUGCAGAUAUUACUUUCAAGUUUUACUGUGACAUCCUAUUAUCAUAAUCAUAUACAUACAAUCGAUUUCUGGCAUAUUCCAUGUUAAUUAUACAUACAAACUGUUAUUUUGGAGAAAUUUUGGCAAUUCCUUUCAGC